AAAAAAAGCGGUGGAGCCUAGGAGUAAGAAUGAGUGCGUGCAUAUAUAAAUACUGAAAGGGGAGGGAGAAAACAAAACACAACAUAACUCAAAGGCAAAACAGAGGAACACUUAGGUUUCAUAAGACAGAGAGACAAAAAGAUUGGUGGGUCUGAAGGAGAAGGGGAUCUAAGACAUCACUUCUCUUUUUUUUAGCUUUCACUUCAAGAAAAAAAAAAGAAGGAUGAGUUUGUGGGGAGUGAUGGGAGGAGGAUGGGGACUGGUAGAAGAAGGUUGGAGAAAAGGACCUUGGACUGCUGAAGAAGACCGUCUACUGAUCGAUUAUGUGCGGCUUCACGGGGAAGGUCGAUGGAACUCUGUGGCGAGGCUCGCAGGAUUAAAGAGAAAUGGCAAAAGCUGUCGGUUAAGAUGGGUUAAUUACUUAAGACCAGACCUCAAGAGAGGACAAAUCACUCCUUAUGAAGAAAUCAUUAUCCUUGAGUUACAUGCUAAGUGGGGCAACAGGUGGUCAACAAUUGCUCGUAGUUUACCAGGAAGAACAGACAACGAGAUCAAGAACUACUGGAGAACCCAUUUCAAGAAGAAGACAAAAUCUCCAAGUAACAAUGCGGAGAAGACAAAAAACAGAAUCUUGAAGAGGCAACAAUUUCAGCAGCAAAGACGGAUGGAGUUGCAGCAAGAACAACAAUUGCUUCAAUUCAACCAAAUCGACGUGAAUAAGAUCAUGUCUUUACUAGACGAUAACAACAAUUAUAAUGACUUCAGUAGCAGUAGUAGCGGCAGUAGUGGCGAAGGUGGUGCCUUCUAUGUUCCUCAUCAGAUCAAAAUUCCAACACCAAAUUCUGGUCAUGACCCAAAUGGUAAUGGGUUCUGCCCCGUGGUUCCGGCGCCAACAGUUGAGGCUAACGUGAAUGAAGAUUUCGCAAUUUGGAAUGGUAUAUGGAAUCUGGAUUUAGAAGGACAAGGAAGCUUUGGUGACGGUGCUUGUGUCCCAAGGAAGCACUGUUUCCAGAACUGGCCUAUUCCCUCUAACUUGACCUUUUAAGUGUCUUAUCUGCCGGAAAAUCACAUGACUUGACUGACAAGUGGUCGAGUUUGAGUUUGGUUUUGUUUUAUCUUUCCUGAUUUUGGGUUUAACAUAAGUAGUUUGUUAUCCAUUGUGUGUGAUGUUAUAAGAAGCUCAUUUGGGCAACUUCCAAGUUAAAGAGUGAUGUAGUAGAAAGUCUGUCGAAGAAUGGCGUCAGUUGAG